AUGUAUUACUACUACGGCUACUCGGGUCUCAGCACCGGAGCUUACAUUGGCAUUGCUGCUGCGAGUCUCGCUACCGCGAUUGUGAUUGGCUCUUUGGUGGUCUACUACCGUCGUCGUCAGGCGAGGUUAGCCAGAGAGGCAUUGGAGGCCCAGUACAACCAGCCAAUGCAGAACUCCGAUUUCUUCCCACCAGGAUACAAACCCAACAUGACUCAGGUCAACAACGAAACGAUGAACUACACCAACAACAACGGGGUGUUUACAUACGUGCCACCGGAACAGCCCAGUGCACCUCCACCAACGUAUGAUGCAUCCCGAAACGAUGUGAGGGUGAAUCAGGCGCACCAGGCGGUGUAG